AGCGCUGGCACACCGUGGACCGCAGCCUCCGCAGCGCGGCCAUGGGCGAGUGGGGCUUCCUGAGCUCGCUGCUGGACGCCGUGCAGGAGCACUCGCCCAUGGUGGGCCGCUUCUGGCUGGUGGUGAUGCUCCUCUUCCGCAUCCUGGUCCUGGCCACCGUGGGCAGCGACGUCUUCGAGGACGAGCAGGAGGAGUUCGUGUGUAACACCCAACAGCCGGGCUGCAAACCCGUGUGCUACGACGCCGCCUUCCCCAUCUCCCACUAUCGCUUCCUCGUCUUCCACGUCGUCGUGCUCUCGGCGCCCGCCGCCCUUUUCGUCAUCUUCGCCGUGCACCAGGCGGCCAAGCCGGGGCGCGGGGGGGCUCCGGGCCAGCGCGCCCGCCGCCUCCAGCCCUUCUACGUGGGCAGCGUGGUGGCCCGGAUCGCGGCCGAGCUGGGCUUCCUGCUGGGCCAGGCGCUGCUCUACGGCUUCAGGGUGCAGCCGCUCUUCGUCUGCCGCCGCCGGCCCUGCCCGCACCGCGUCGACUGCUUCGUCUCCCGCCCCACCGAGAAAACCGUCUUCAUCCACUUCUACUUCGUGGUGGGGCUGGUGUCGGCGCUGCUCAGCCUGGCCGAGCUCGCCCACCUCCUGCGCAAGGGGCCCCCGGCGCGGCCCGGCUGCUGCCCCCGGCCCCAGGAGCGGGGCGCGGCUCCGGGGCAGCCGGCGGGGGCUGCGGAGGGACCCCGCGGUCCCCACCCGCGGGGGGACCUCACCGUGUGACCGCUGCCACUGCUGGGACCGCUCUCAGCCCCGAUCUCCCUGCCCCAGAGGGGUCUCGGCCCUGGUCGUGCCAGGGAACCCGGGCCGGGCCGGGCUGGGCUGUGCCCCGCUGCCCCCGGUUCCUGUUGUGGCCGGCGGAUGGGCCUCACCCGGCAGCUGCUGGAAAAAAAAUACGGACAAAAAGAAAACAAACAGGUCCCAUCCCCGCACAGUGGCAGGAACACCCCUAACACCCCAGCCCAGCACGAGGGGACAGAGCCGCCCCCAGACCUUGUGCUGGGAGUGGCACAAAUGCAUCAGGGCUGGUCCCUGGCAUAGGGGAACGUGACUGUGGCCUCAGGAGUGGGAAGAGCUUUAGAGGGUUGGGAGGGACCCCAAAGCGCUCUGUCCCAGCUUUUGGGGAUGACCAGACAGGGAGAACAGUAUGGGGAAGGGUCUUGGGCUGCCCUCCUGCAACAAAGAACAUCCCCCCUCAACCAAGACUUGGGGUGCCACAGCCUGACCAUCUCCUCCCCACCCCUGCACCCCCUCCUC